AUGGACGCCAUGGUGCUGCAGGUGCGGCGCAGCAUCGCCUUCCUGGUGAAGCGGUACUCCGGGAUCAGAGGCAUCUACCUGUGUGGACACUCUGCAGGGGCCCACUUGGCAGCCAUGGUGUUGUCCACGGACUGGACGGAAUAUGGAGUGACACCGGACAUCAAAGGAGCUGUGCUGGUGAGUGGCGUGUACGACCUUGAACCCAUCCUGCACACCUACGUGAACGAUGCGCUGUACAUGAGCCGGGAGGUGGCCCAGAGGAACAGCCCCAUGCUGUGCAUCACACCAGCAGCACCUGCGGCUGCGGCCUGCGAGGUGCUCGUUGCUGUGGCCCAGCACGACUCCCCGGAGUUUCGCAGGCAGUCGCAGGAGUACGGCCAGGCAUUGCGUGCAGCCGGCUGGUCCGUCACCCUGCUGGAUCUUGCCGGCGUGGAUCACUUUGACAUCAUUGAGAAGCUGUCGGAGGAGAGCUAUNNNNCAUCCCAGGUGAUUCUGAACAUGAUUUCAAGAGCUUGA